AUGAAUGAAGUUUUAUUAAAUAAUGAAUUUUUUAUUGAAAUUAAACAAUGUCCAAUAACAUCAAUAAUUUUAAUUAUAAAUGUUUUAAUAUGGUUUAAUCAUUUCGCUUAUGAUAUUAGUACAGAAAAGGUAUCAUUUAAUUAUAAGGAAAUAAUUGGAGGACAAUAUUGGAGAGUAAUUUCUUCAACAUUUUCACAUUCAAAUAUAAUUCAUUUAAUAUUAAAUUCUAUAUCAAUAUGGAAUACAAGUAAAAUUGAAAUUAUUAAAGGCUCCUACUACUACUUUAAAUAUAAUCAUUAUAUUGGCUAUUCUUGUGUAUGUUUUGGGUUAUUAGUAAUAUAUAUUAAAUUAAUAACAAAUUCAAUAAUAUCCUACUAUCCUUUUUUAUGUUUAAUAUAUUCUUGCUUUAUGAUUAAAAAUGCUUCAAUUAUCGGUCACUUUAAUGGAAUUAUCAUUGGAGCUUUAAUUAAUAUUGAUUUAUUUGAAAAAUAUUUACCAAUAAAUAAAAACUCAUUUUAUGUAAUAACAUUAAUAAUCUUUAUUUGUUUUAUAAUAAAUCUAUAUAAAACAUUACCAAAUUUAACAAUUUUCAAAUUUAAUAAUAAUAAUAAUAAUAACAAUAAUGGUAAUAUUAAUUUUUUAAAAUGUUUUCCUUAA